AUGUACGCCUUGUUACAAUGGCGGAAAGGAUCUUCUUUUGCUUCUGAUCACAUCGUCGUGAUCGUAACACUUAUUAUUGCGGCGAUUGUUGCAUCCAGGUUUGGGACCUCAAAGAGAAACUCUUUUCCUUUGGUAAACCCUCCUACAUGGUUUCAGCCUCGUGCCGUUAAAUACUUCGAAUUUCUAAAAAACGGCAUGGCCAUUUUUUCACAAAGUCGAUCUCAACACACCGAAAAGCCGUUUCGAAUGCUCACUGAGCAGGGUGAAUUUAUUGUCCUUCCCUCUCGCUUCGGUAAUUUUAUUCGGAAUGAGCUUGGGCUUGAUUUCCGCACCUGCAUUAACGAGGACUUCCACGGCUAUCUCCCGGGAUUUGAGCCAUUUGGCUUCCUCAAUGACAAGUCCCAGAUUUUGCAAACCGUAGUGCGCAAACAACUCACCAAACAACUAAACACGGUCACCCAGCCCCUGUCGACAGAGGCAACGUUUGCAACUGACUUAAUUUUCGGCAAUUCAUCUGAAUGGCAGGAAUAUCCUCUUAAAGAUUCGAUAUUAGACUUGGUUGCCCGUCUAUCUUCCAGGGUAUUUCUGGGCGAUGAGAUCUGUAGAAACGACGAGUGGCUCUGGCUUACCAAAGAGUAUACAAUUUUAGCCAUGAAGGCCGCAUUGAAGCUCCAAAUGCUUCCCAGGUUACUACGGCCAAUCGUCAACAUGUGGGAUCCGGACUGUAGACGACUGCGUGUAGCAAUUGCACACGCUCGGCAGCUCAUUACCCCCAUUGUCGAGCAGCGUCGAAAGGUAACGGAGCAGGCCCGAGCUUCCGGUAAACCAGUUACGUCUUCAAAUGACGCAAUUGAUUGGGCAGAGAGCGAAAUUGGCCACAACUCGUAUGAUCCUGCCAAGCUGCAACUAACAUUGUCUUUUGCUGCAAUUCACACAACAACGGACUUGCUUUCGCAGACGCUACGCAUGUUGGCAAUGAAUCCGAUUUAUAUUGAACCCCUGCGGAAGGAAAUCAUUGAGGUUCUGCGUGCUGAAGGCUGGACAAAAAGUGCGCUAUACAAGAUGAAGCUACUCGACAGCGCUGUGAAAGAAGCCCAAAGGCUAAAACCCAAUGGAUUGCUUAUGAUGCGACGAUAUGCUACGAAAGACACUCAACUCCCAGAAGGAGUCACUAUCUACAAGGGAGAACGAAUAGCCAUCGAUGGUAGCAACGUGAUGAAUCCAGCUAUCCACGAAAAUCCUGAAAAUUUUGAUAUAUAUCGCUUUAAGAGUAUGCGGGAAGAGCCUGGUAACGAAAAUAAGGCGCAAUUAGUUUCGACAAGUGCGGAUCAUUUGGUAUUCGGUCAUGGCCACUUCGCCUGCCCAGGUCGAUUCUUUGCUUCUAAUGAGGUUAAGCUGGCUUUGUGUCAUCUCCUGCUUAAAUAUGACUGGAAGCUAGUGCCAGGAACCCCAACAAAGCCAGUGGUCAAUGGGGUAAGCAUGAGCAUUAGUAACAAACUGCAGGUUAUGGUUCGGCGGCGCAAGGAGGAGAUCAACCUUGAAUCGCUUAGAUUUUAG